ACAACUAAUAUAUAUAUAUACACACAUAUAUAUCAACGGCAUGCGAUAUUCAAUUGGAGGUAAAAAAUAAACUAUACAAAAGCAAAGAUGUUGGAGGAAAUGCCAAUUGAAUUCCGAAAUUAUUCGAAAAACUGUGAUAGUCUCAAGAGGGUUCUCAGUGAUACUCAAAACUCUCUGGAUGAUAUUAAAAACAACCAUAUAUUUAGCAGAGAGAUUAAAGAACAGUUGCUUAGUCCGAGGCUGGUGGAUUCACUCAGAGGAAUCUUAGAUGCCUCACCUGCAAUGCUUGUGCUUGGUCAGAACUGCCAUUCGAAAGCCCUUUUUGUUAAUGCUAUACUUGAGCAAAUGAUAUUACCUCAGUUCAGUUCAAAAUGGAGAUGGAUAAAAAUAUUUCAUGGUAUACACAAAAGCAUCCGUCUCACAUUGGGUCAUGAAUAUGAGAUUGUUGAGGAACUUAAAGCCAAUGAAUGCAAAUGGAAUAUGAUACCAGAGGAAGACCUACAAAGAACUGAAACUGAAUCUCACCUAGAGCAUUGUCCAACAAUAGAAAUCGAAUUACCGCAUCCAUUUCUCAAAGAAAAUGUUAGUAUUAUUGUACCUCCAGAAUCGCCUAUUGAGGAUUUCAAAGAUGUGUUGUCCAAGAACAUGGACCAUCAUUUUCCCAUUUUAAUUUACGCUGUUUCAAAUGAUAUUUUAAGUGACAAUCACAUACAAGAGAUAAAGAUAAUAAAUGAGAAGUAUGCAGAGUUGCCCAUCAUAUUUGUGAGUGUGUCAGCAGAAGAUAGCAAAAGUACUGAGUCUCUUACAGAAUCUGAACAGCAUCUGCAAGAACUGCAGUGUGAAAGAUUGAGGAGGCUAAGCAAUUUGAAAAAUCAGUUGAAAAGAUUAGGUUACUUGGGUGAGAACAGGAAACAUUUCUGCUCUGAAUGCUCUUUAGAUAAUAGUUUAAUUAGUGAUUGUAAUAUUAACGAAUUAUUAGUCCCAUUCAUACACGAGCUAUUAAAAUCAAAUUUGUUGAAAAUGUCUGGAAUACUUAGUGAGAUUCAUAACAGUUACCUGAGAGUAUUUAUUUUAUCUGCUUUUGACAUGGCUCGUGAGAUUCAGAUAACACCUCGACGAAUUAUAUACGCACAAGAAAUUGAAUUAAAGCUGUACGAUACUUUAAUGAAGAUUGCGAGUGAGAAUCAAGAGGAAAUCACCAAAAUCAUUCAAUACACUCUGCAAAACAUGCGGAGGAACGUACCUGAAGUACUGAUAGGCUAUCAAUACAAAUGUGAAGAAGGACAACGUUCUGUUAAGUUUGCAACUAUGGAAAUCCAUCAACUGGUGCUACGCAGACUAAGCAAUUCGGUUGCGAAUCGAUUGGUAAAAUCGGUGGCCUGUUUACAGGAGAGCUUCAUAGGUACCCUACAACGAUGUUUGGAAAGUCUGGAAAAAACUUGUCAGGAUUUAGAAGGAAAUCUGCUAGCAUCUGACGCAGUCAAGCAAAUCUUAAGCGCCGCUUACAACAUUGAUCUGAAAUCCUCGACGAAGUUCACGGUGGUCCAUACAUUUAUAGACAAGCUAUUCAAACUGGUGCAGAACUUUCAACUCCCCUGGUCGAAUUGUGCGCAGCCCAAAUUCGAUCUUGAGUGGCAGACCCAAGUUGUCCUCGAUCUGCUAGACUCGUUGAGCGCUUUAAAGCUGGCUAAAACCAUAUCCGUGCAAUUUCAAGAGCAUAUAAAGGCGUCGCACGAAUCCUUCCGAUCAGCGAUCAGGUCUUUGGAAAAUCAACUUUCAGGCAAACUAGAGCAAACAGAGGAGCAGCGAAUAGCAAUCAGAAAGAAAUACGCUCCACGAUUUGCGAGAAUAGCUUUGGAGAGCACAUCGCUCUGUGAUUUAAUUAAAUAUGGUUUGCCCGUUACCAUGAAGGAAAUUGGUAGAGGUCAGUUUGGUGUGGUAUUCUCUUGUGAAGCAUGGGGAAACGUGAAUCCUUGUGCUGUUAAAUCUGUUGUUCCACCUGAUGACCGUCAUUGGAACGAUUUGGCUAUGGAAUUUUAUUACACGAGAUCGAUCCAUGAACAUCCCAGGAUCGUGAAGUUACGAGGAUCUGUGAUAGACAUGAGCUACGCGAGUGGUAGCAGUGUACUAUUAGUUAUGGAACGGAUGACUCGCGAUUUAUAUUGUGGAUUAAGAAACGGCUUGUCAUGGGUCAAACGGAUACAGAUCGCCAUAGAUGUAGUUGAGGGAAUCCGAUAUCUCCACUCUCAGGGUUUGGUACAUAGAGACAUCAAAUUGAAAAAUGUUCUCUUGGACACAGAGGAUAGGGCUAAGCUAACUGAUUUUGGCUUCUGUAUACCAGAAGCGAUGAUGUCGGGAAGCAUAGUUGGAACGCCCGUGCAUAUGGCUCCAGAAUUACUCUCAGGACACUACGAUUCAAGCGUAGAUGUGUACGCAUUUGGUAUAUUGUUUUGGUACAUUUGCGCGGGUCAAGUAAAGUUACCUAAUCAAUUCGAGCAGUUCCUCAAUAAGGAACAGCUAUGGAGAAGCGUUCGUAAAGGGAUUCGACCAGAAUGUCUUCCAAAUUUCACCCAAGCCUGCUGGAAUCUGAUGGAGCAAUGCUGGGCGGCCGAACCCACCGAUCGACCGUUAUUGGGCGAUGUUCAGCCUCUCUUAGAAACCAUCCAAGAAAAUUCUUUAGAAAUGCCAGAUUCCUAAAUAUGACUGGAAUACCCGUUUGUUUAUUCUGUGUAAUAUUUUUAUAUAGAUAUUUAUUUAUACACUUUGUUUCCAAUUAUUAUUUUUAAUAUUUUUACAUAUAUAUUUUUUAAUCAAAUAAAUCGUAAUGCUUAUUUAUUGCUACACUGUUAAAAUCCUCACCACUCGAACAGUUACAUUUAUUGUAUCAGUAAUUCAGUCUAAAAUGGGAUUUAGACCUAUCCCUCUCGAAUUCGUACAGAAGAAACUUGCGGAAAGGCGAUUCAAAUCUAUUCGUCUCGUUAUAUAUAUAUACAUACAUACAUGUAUAUAAAUUGGUUUAGAUAUACUUUUCUUUACUACUUUAUUCCUUCUAUUUCUCUUUCACUCUCUUACGGAAUGGAAAAAAUGGCAGUGCUAGUUAAUUUUCCAGUAACAUUUCGCAUCGAGAAAUCUUAAAAACAAUCAAUAACUAAUAAAAUAUCACAUGUUAGUGUGAGAAGAGAAAACAGAUGGAUUAUACAAACAUUUCUAUAUAUGUACGUUCUCUUAAAUAUAUAUAUAUAUGUAUACAUAAUAUAGUAUGUACAUGCAAGGAUAAAAUUCCUGUCUUGCAUAUAUAUAGUAUAUACUGUAUGCAGGAAAAUCCAGUUAUUAAUACAAAGAGAAUACCACAAAGUUAUCAUAUUUUCAAAUAUUGGGGCUUCUAAUCGUACAACUAAGAUUCUUAUGCAAAUCCACUUGAAAAAUAAUACAAAUUGGCAAUAUUACGGCCUAUUAUUUUACGAUUAACAACAUUUUUGUAAUUUCUGUUUCCUCUUUAAAAAUUCCGUUUCGUUAAAAGCCCCCUAUUAGAAGUCAAUUUUAAACAAUUACAUAUUUGUGGAUUAUGUGUUGCCCCAAACAUUUAUUUUCUUUUAGUUUUCGUUCCAUUAACAUUGACUUAAAUAUUAGAUAACUAAUUGAAAAAGCUGUCGAAACAAUUAACUUAUCAACAACUUUUACCAAGGUACACCAAUUUAAAAAAAAAUAUCCUUAAAUUAGAGCCUUGGAACGAGAACUUUUCGAAAUUAUAUUGAAACCUUUGGACGAAAACUUUCGCGAUUGCAUGCAUAUGUAUAUCUAUAUAUAUUUAUAAAAAAAUUUCCGGUCAAUAAAUCUAUCCUCUCCAGCGAAGAAGGCAAACCGGAAAUAACAACUAUAUAAAUACGAAUAAUUAAAAAAAAAGAGAAAACUUUUGGUAUAAAAAAUAAUAAGGUAUAAAAAUAUAUAUGAUCUAGCUAAAAAAUAUUAUACAUUAUAUAAUGAUGGUUAAAAUCAACAGUGGUGAGCUGCCUUGAGACGUAAAGCUAAUAAAGAAAAUCAGUACAGUUGAAUAAAAACAAAAAAGAUAAAUUUUGAUCACAAGUUGAU